GUCGGACGGUAUAUUUUAUCGAUAAGUCCCCGACGCGGACUUAGCAAAAUAGGUAAAAAAAAAAACAGAAUGGAAUUCUUGCCGUUCAGUUUUCUAACUGAAUAAAUAAUAUGCAAACGAAAAAACCCAGUUGAUAUAUACAUAAAUAGUGCCUAAAAGGACUAAAAUUCCUUUCGAGCAAGUGCGAGUGCAAUAAAGAAAAAGGUGAGGCGGGUAGGUGGAACGCAAAUAGUGAAAAUAAAAAAAAUUCAUCUCGCUGCUGUGUGUAAAUGCAAAUGAUAUGAUAUUUUCAUGCAACAACAAAAAGAACAACAAAAAACCAGCACAAACACAACAGUAGCAGCAGCAGCAGCCAGCAGCAGUAGCAACAGCAAAAGCAACAAAAGCGAACUUGUAUUCAAUGGAUGUGUGCGCGAGAGGCGAAUAAAAGAAAAUUAGAUAAAAAAGCCAAAUGAAAUUAGCGCACGCCUGAAAUUCGAGUUUGGCGCAAGGUGAACCAAAAGGCGAAAAGCAAUCAAAACAGUUUCCAUUUGCUGUCGGUGUGCGUGCCGUUUUUCCUGCGAAAGAAAAACCACCUGCAUUGAUUUAUAGUUAAAGAAAAAAGAGACGUAUCCGAACGGGAUGGGUCAGUGCAUUGCUGCCAUAAAGGCUGACUGAUAAAAAAAACCCCAGCCACUCACAUACACACACACACACGCACGCCAACACCAGCGCACCCGCACCAAUACAGUGGCAGCCUGCUAUUGACGCAGCGGCAGCGGAAGGAGACGGAGACGGAGAGCACAAAACGCACAAAAAAUUGUUCCCGGACGAACCGGAACGGACUGGCACUCCGCACAGGACUCCACGUCCACGGAAGAGAGAGAUUUAGAAAAAACUAUAGAGAUAUUCGUUUCGCGGAGAGAAAAAUUCCAAUGUCAAAUAAAAUCAACCCGAAACGCCGUGAACCGACAGCAGCCGCAGCAGCAGCAGGAGCACCCACGGCAGUGGCCACCAACACGAGCAGCUCGACCGGCUCCAGUGCCGGCAACACCUCCUCGGCCAACACAUCCUCAUCGUCCAGCUCCUCGCUGUCUUCCGCCGGUGGCGGUGAUGCGGGCAUGUCCGCCGACCUAACAUCGCUAUUCGAAUGCCCCGUUUGCUUUGACUAUGUGCUGCCCCCGAUCCUGCAAUGCUCAAGCGGGCACUUGGUGUGCGUCUCGUGCCGCUCCAAGCUCACCUGCUGCCCCACAUGCCGCGGUCCGCUGGCCAAUAUCCGUAACCUGGCCAUGGAGAAGGUUGCCUCGAACGUAAAGUUUCCGUGCAAGCAUUCGGGCUACGGGUGCACUGCCUCGCUUGUGUACACAGAGAAGACCGAACACGAGGAGACCUGCGAGUGUCGGCCCUACCUGUGCCCUUGCCCGGGGGCCUCCUGCAAAUGGCAGGGACCGCUCGACCUAGUCAUGCAGCACCUGAUGAUGUCCCACAAGAGCAUCACAACGCUGCAGGGCGAAGACAUUGUGUUUCUGGCCACCGACAUUAAUCUGCCCGGCGCCGUCGAUUGGGUGAUGAUGCAGUCCUGCUUCGGCCACCACUUCAUGCUCGUCCUCGAGAAGCAGGAGAAGUACGACGGACACCAGCAGUUCUUCGCUAUUGUCCAGCUGAUCGGCUCGCGCAAGGAGGCCGAAAACUUUGUGUACCGCCUCGAGCUGAACGGAAACCGCCGCCGCCUCACCUGGGAGGCAAUGCCGCGUUCCAUACACGAGGGCGUUGCCUCCGCCAUACACAAUUCGGAUUGCCUGGUGUUCGACACAUCGAUUGCGCAGCUCUUCGCCGACAAUGGGAAUCUGGGUAUCAAUGUGACCAUCUCUCUGGUCUAGGCAGCCGCGACUCGCCUCGCGUCCGUAAAUCGCCCAAUUAAAAAUUUUUUUUUUAUUUCUGUUUAUUUACAUAUUUGUCGUAUAUAUAUAAAAUACCAUAUAGUUUAGCCCUUUGUUCGCAUCAUACGUCUAAUUCGUAGGUUCUUCAAAGUUUGAAUUGUAGAAAGAAACGAAAGAAAGAGGAAAAGAAGGAAGCAAGGGUGGAUAGUAGAGAGAUAAGCGGCGGCAAAAGCAGCAUUAGAAUCGUUUUAAAAACGAUUCUUCGUUCUAUAUGCACACCCUCAUAAUACACCACACACCCCAUACAUACAAAUAUAAUUGCAUAUAAAUCUAUAUAGAUAUUUUUUUUGAACGUAAGUUUCGAAGUGGAAGGCAGAAAGAAGCCCAGCAAAAGGCAGAAAGUAGUGCUCCUCCCACUCGAUCGGUACUAGCUCUAAGAUUAAAUUGUUCAUAUAUUCCACACAUACACACACACACACACACACACACAACACACACACAAACUAUUUGAAUGUUUUCAGAGUUUGAUCAUUUGGUUUUAAUUUGUCGUGGUGUUAUUUCUGCUUUUAGUUUAAUUUUAGUUGAUAAGCCGUCUCCGUCUGCCUCUGCAGCGGGCCACACCUGGAGCGGAGCUGCCUACGCGUGCCGAUUGUGCCCACCAGAUCCAAAAACCGCAACCACAACCACACCACCACCUACCUAACUACUAUAUCUACUACCACUGUAAUCCACUCAACACUCAACACACAACACACAACAAACACUCUGCAAAGUCUAGUUUAGUUAAUGUAAAUUAUUUUAUACAUACAAUAAUUGUAAAUGGUAAUAAUUAAAUCAGUUUAAACAAAAUUAA